AUGGUCCUACAAACUGAUUUAGGUGACAUUCAUGGGCAAUAUUGUGACCUUUUAAGGCUUUUUGAAUAUGGUGGGUUUCCUCCUCAGGCCAAUUAUUUGUUUCUUGGAGACUACGUGGACCGGGGAAAGCAGAGUUUGGAAACAAUAUGCCUUUUGCUUGCCUACAAGAUCAAAUACCCUGAGAACUUCUUCCUUCUAAGAGGAAAUCAUGAAUGUGCUUCUAUUAACCGUAUAUAUGGAUUCUAUGAUGAAUGUAAACGCCGGUUCAACGUGAGACUUUGGAAAACCUUUACAGACUGUUUUAAUUGUCUUCCUGUAGCUGCUCUUAUAGAUGACAAAAUACUAUGCAUGCAUGGCGGCCUUUCUCCUGAUCUAACAAACUUAGAUCAGAUAAGAAACUUACCUCGUCCAACUGAUGUUCCUGACUCUGGCUUGCUUUGUGAUUUACUUUGGUCGGAUCCUAGUAGAGAAAUGAAAGGUUGGGGAAUGAAUGAUAGGGGAGUCUCAUUCACUUUUGGCCCUGAUAAGGUGGCAGAAUUCUUAAUGCAGCAUGAUAUGGAUCUUGUUUGUCGUGCCCAUCAGGUUGUGGAGGAUGGGUAUGAAUUCUUUGCUGACAGGCAGCUUGUUACCAUAUUCUCAGCCCCUAACUAUUGUGGUGAAUUUGAUAAUGCUGGUGCAAUGAUGAGUGUUGAUGAAAGCUUAAUGUGCUCCUUCCAGAUUUUGAAGCCUGCAGAUAGAAGGCCUAGGUUCUUAUGAAACUAGAUGUCAUUACUGCAGUCUUUGUUCUCCAUUGAAUUUCUAAGACACCAUCCUGCAGAAGCCAUGCCCUUUCUUGGGGAAGAGUACUUGAAGUUGGUGGCUUCAAAGCUUGAGUUGAGAUGUAGCAUAUUAUUGUGUUAUCCAUUUGGAGGGUAUUAGACAUUUUGUUGAAGCAUUGUGUUUUAAGGUGGUAGUUUUACGACUUAUUUGGUUCCGAAGCAAUUGUUGUCUGGACUGGCCAAACAUUGCCGGAUUUUUUUUUUAUAUCUUAUUUAAUUUUUCUCACGCAAUUUAUGAUGACACUGUAAAUACAUUUGGGUUUGUAAAUUGCGGUGCACUUGUAGAUUGUUUUUUCAAAGAUUUACGACUACUUUUCCCAAUACCAGUCCGUACUACGGGCAGGGUGUACAUGGCGAUCGAUGGUAAC